CUUCAGUGCUGCCGUUGGCGUGGCGGGGAGAUCUUUCCCGUCCGUGGCAUAUUUGCGCGCCGCUCUUAACCCCUCGCCGUUGAGCCGACUUCUGCACCCGAGGGCGGGUGUGUGUGGGGGUGAGAGCGUUCCCUAAAAGCCGGUGGACCUUCCGAAGAUAGGGAGCCUUAACAUCUGGGUCGCCCUCGAUGAGAUCACGCAGCUGGCAAGACCAGAUCUCUAGGAAGACAAAUUUCAACUGGCAUUCCUCAUCAUUUAUUUCCUCCUCUUCAGUGCCAACAACCAAAUUGUUCAUUGAUGGCAAGUUUGUGGAGUCAAAAAGUAAUGAAUGGAUUGAAAUCUAUAACCCUGCUACCAAUGAAGUUGUUGGUCGAGUCCCAAAAGCCACACAGAGUGAGAUGGAAGCAGCAGUGGCUUCAUGCAAAAAGGCUUUGCCGAGCUGGUCUGAGGUAUCUGUUCUGAGUCGACAGCAAAUCUUUCUGCGGUACCAGCAGCUUAUCAAGGAUAAUCUGAAAGAAAUUUCAAAACUGAUCACCAUGGAGCAAGGAAAGACUUUGGCUGAUGCAGAGGGAGAUGUCUUCCGGGGCCUCCAGGUUGUUGAACAUGCAUGUAGUGUGACAUCGCUUAUGUUGGGAGAAACCCUUCCCUCCAUUACUAAAGACAUGGACACUUGCACCUAUCGCUUGCCUCUGGGUGUGUGCGCAGGCAUUGCACCUUUUAAUUUCCCAGCUAUGAUUCCUCUUUGGAUGUUUCCUAUGGCCAUGGUGUGUGGAAACACCUUCUUGAUGAAGCCCUCGGAGCGUGUUCCAGGAGCCCUUAUGUUUCUUGCCCAGCUGUUGCAGGAUGCUGGUGCACCUGAUGGAACACUAAACAUUAUCCAUGGACAACAUGCAGCUGUGAACUUUAUUUGUGAUCAUCCCGAUAUUAAAGCCAUCAGCUUUGUUGGAUCUAAUCAGGCUGGAGAAUAUAUCUAUGAAAGAGGUUCAAAACAUGGCAAGAGAAUCCAGGCCAAUAUGGGAGCUAAGAAUCAUGGAGUAGUGAUGCCGGAUGCCAAUAAGGAGAACACACUAAAUCAACUGAUUGGAGCAGCUUUUGGAGCUGCUGGCCAGCGGUGCAUGGCAUUAUCUGCUGCAGUCUUGGUAGGGGAGUCUCGGAAAUGGCUACCAGAACUGGUGGAAAAAGCAAAGAACUUGCGUGUUAAUGCAGGAGAUCAGCCUGGAGCAGAUCUGGGACCCCUGAUCAGUCCACAGGCUAAGGAACGGGUCUGCCAAUUGAUUGACAGUGGAGCAAAGGAAGGGGCUAAUGUUCUUCUUGAUGGUCGAAAAAUCAGAGUGAAAGGAUUUGAAAAUGGCAAUUUUGUUGGACCUACUAUUCUUGGUAAAGUCAAGCCUAAUAUGACCUGCUAUAAGGAGGAAAUAUUUGGACCAGUACUAGUGGUUUUGGAAGCAAACAGUCUGGAUGAAGCAAUUGAAAUAGUGAAUAACAAUCCUUAUGGGAAUGGAACAGCAAUCUUCACCACUAAUGGUGCCACUGCCCGGAAAUACUCCCAUUUAGUGGAUGUUGGACAGAUUGGUGUGAAUGUUCCUAUUCCGGUGCCUUUGCCAAUGUUCUCCUUCACUGGCUCUCGUGGAUCUUUUAGGGGGGAUACCAAUUUCUAUGGCAAACAGGGGGUGCAGUUCUAUACACAGCUGAAGACAGUUAUUUCCCAAUGGAAAGAGGAAGAUGCCACUGUUACCAAGCCUGCAGUAGUUAUGCCAACCAUGGGGAACUAAAGUCAGCUGACAUACUUGUUGGAGUUGUUAAAACUAUUUUUCAUCUGGGAUGGUGCAGGCUAUUCUUGACUUGCCAUUCUUGCCCUGGAAAUAUAGAUAUGUCUUCAUGUCAGGAUCAUCCUUUCCAAUCAGUUGAAUAGAGCCUUUUAACACAAGAUUUAAUUUCUAUCUAUAUAUGGGAUAUCUUUUUUAAACCAUACUCUAUGGUGAGUAAUCAGGCCAAAGCAGUAUCUGCUUCAUCUGGUUUUGUUCCUAUUCAUGUGAUAGUGUUGAAAAUGCAAGCUCUUCCUACAUAAUUAGUUUUUCUGGGAACCAGCUAUUACAAUAGUUGCUGUCACUCUGUUUAUGAGUGGUACGUCCUAUUGCUUUUAAGGCUUCUUUUUUGCAAGAAAUCCUGCAUAUGCUGGAAUGAUUGUAUCUCAUACUAGGAUGGGGAAAGUAAAUUUUGGGAGAGGCAAAUCCAGGAGAACAUUACAUAGAGCUGUUUUGAGAGCAUGGCCUUGUGGAGAAGCAGUGAAGCCUUACUUUCACUACAAUUUUAGUUCCCUUUAGCCAUACAAAAUCAACGAAUUUUAAUUUUAUACAUGAAUGUGCCUACAUACUAUUUAUGCACUGAAUAUAUUUGGAACUAGAUGUGUUUGAGCUUUGUUUUUAGUAGUGCUGAACAAAUGGCGCAAGAAAGCAACAUAUUUUUAUAGAGGCAAUUUAUUCUAUCAAUAUUGCUUUAAUCUGAUUGUGAUAUUUUUCAUUGGUCAAAUAUAUGUGGAGAAAGGUAAAUUCUAGCACUAGUUACAAAGACAUUUGUGAUUUUAUAUACUUGAGUAUACAUAUGAUUGAUCUUGAGAUCUCUGGGUUGUUCAGUAAUAUAGUAUGUAUUGAUUAGCUAUGAGUGAUACACGUAUGUCAAAUUUAGAGAUAAAGGAUGAUACCAUGAUGCUAUUUUGGGGCUACAUAUGGUCUUCACAUGGAGUUUUUUAAAAAAUCAGAAGAUAUUUCCGUAAAUUUGAAAAUAUGCUAUUGCUUUCUAUUGUCUAAUCAAAUUAGCUUUUGUACCUAACAGGUGCUUAAAAAUUGAUCACUAUUACCUGAACAGGUUAUUCAUCCAUAUGCUUGAAAGUUGCAUAUUGAUGUUAAUCAUGAAUAAAUACUACUAAAUUCAGAA